AAAGUAAUAACAACAAAGUUUUCAUUGGGUCCAUUUCUGCUACAAACACAAAGUUAGAGUCCACAGCCUCAUCCCAUCCAGCCAAAAGAGAAACAGGAAAGGAGGGAGGAAAAGAAAGAAAGGAAAGGAAAAGAGAGACGCAGAGGGGACGCUACUCGAUUGUGUAGAGAUUUAGGCCGCCGGAAAGGUCUAUACGGCAUGAACCCUGGGAUGCUGCAGACCUCGCUGGUGCAGCAGAUGAUGGCCGGAAACCCUGCGUGGUGGAGCCCGAACGGCGUCAGGCCACCACUUCCUCCUCCUCCUCAUUCGCCGGCAGCUCCUCUGCAGCUGCCUUCUUCUCAGGCUUCUGCUGCUUCUUCUUCCUCGUCGUCGUCCCCCGCCUCCUCUUCCUCCUCCGUGAUCAUGCAUCAUCCGUAUCCACCACCUUCUUCGCUUGUCAUGAGCUCGUCAUGGAACGAGAGCCAAGAUUUUCCGGAUUCCUGGAGCCAAUUACUCUUAUGUGGGUUGGUGGGAGAUGAGAAGAGUUACUUUGGAGGCAUUCCAGUAAAGAAGAUGGAGAAUUGGGACGAUCAGAUGCUGAUGAUUCCCGACUCCAGUACCCAAACAAUGGCAGAAGUGAAGAAGGAGCAUCUUGAUCAGAGCUACGUUUACUCUCUUCAUCACCACCAACGAAACAACGGUGAAGAUCUCCAAGCAACAAGACCAACCUGGCCGCAGAUUAACCACCCCGUAUCUUCACCUCCUAGUUCCUGUAUCACUAGCUAUAGCAGUAGCAUUCUUGAUUUCUCCAACAGCAGGCCAGAGAAACAGCACCACACAUCAGAUCGUUCAACAGAGUGUAAUAGCUCGGCAACAGGUUCUGCACCAAAGAAAGCCAGGAUUCAGACCACCUCACCUGGACAGACUCAGUUUAAGGUUAGAAAGGAGAAAUUGGGUGACAGAAUCGCAGCUCUACACCAACUUGUUUCCCCCUUUGGAAAGACUGACACUGCGUCUGUAUUGCUAGAAGCUAUUGGGUACAUAAGAUUCCUUCAGAGUCAAAUUGAGUGCUUGAGCUCCCCGUACAUGGGCAGUGCCUCAGCAUGCUUGGCAGAGCCUGUACAAUGUGAGAGAGGAGGUUGCAUAUUCCCAGAAGACCCAGGACAGUUGCUGAAUGAAUCGUGCUUGAAGAGAAGAGCGGCAGCAGAUCAGCAGGUGAGGGACGAGCAGAAGAAGGACCUAAGGAGCAGAGGGCUGUGCCUUGUGCCUGUGUCUUGUAUUCUGCCCGUUGGUAGCGAGAAUGGUGCUGAUUUUUGGGCUCCGGCGAUCGGUGGAGGCGGAUUCCGGUGAGGGAUCAUAUGCGGAAGCAUACUUGGAGCUCAGUGGAUUGAUAUAACAUCAUGAGCGGUCAAUCUGCUCAAGAUAUCGAAGGCUGAUUGCUCAUGAUGCUAUGUCUCUUUUCUCUCCCUCCUUGUAUCAAUAAUCAAGCCUGCGACCUUUCAUGGCUGCCCACCACUCCACUCUCUUCUUCAUCAGUUGUUUCUUAAUUUUUAAUAUUUUCAUAGCCUGCUUCCUUCUGUACUCUCUACCACUAAAUUAGUAGUAUGACUUUAAUUCUGCUGCCUUUAUUUAAAGCA